GACAUGGAUAUGGACAUGGCCCCGCGCCGCCGCUGAGGCGAGGAGCGCAGCCCCGCCAUGGCCCCGCGCCGCCGGGCCCGUGCCGGCCCUCCCGACGGCGGCUGGGGCUGGAUGAUUGUUGCUGGCUGCUUCCUCGUCACCAUCUGCACCAGGGCCGUGACGAGGUGUAUCUCCAUUUUUUUUGUGGAGUUCCAGGCAUACUUUGGGCAGGAUUAUGCCAGAACUGCUUGGAUCCACUCCAUUGUCGACUGUGCUACAAUGCUUUGUGCCCCGCUUGGGAGUUUAAUCAGUAAUCAUGUAUCCUGCCAAGUUGGUAUCAUGCUAGGAGGGCUGCUUGCAUCUACUGGACUAAUUUUGAGCUCAUUCGCCACCAGUCUGGAACACCUCUACUUAUCAUUAGGAGUCCUCACAGGACUUGGGUUUGCACUUUGUUAUUCUCCAGCCAUUGCGAUGGUGGGCAAAUACUUCAACAAAAGGAAAGCGCUGGCGUAUGGAAUAGCCAUGUCAGGAAGUGGAAUUGGUACCUUCAUCCUGGCCCCUGUGGUCCAGCUCUUAAUUGAGCAGUUUUCCUGGCGAGGAGCUUUGCUCAUCCUGGGAGGUUUUGUUUUAAACCUCUGUGUCUGUGGUGCCUUGAUGCGGCCUAUUUCUCUUAAGGAGGAUUGUAAAACUGCUUCUGAGUUGCUUGAACAGAAUUAUGUCCCUGAAACAGAGAAACAAGACUUAAAGCGAAUGUCCAUCUGUUCACCUUUAAUCAAAUUAUGGCCUCAUGAAUGUUUAUGCUACUGUUCAUGGAAGGAAUAUGACUUCUUGCUGAUGCCAGGCUUCAUGGUGCUGGCGGUGUCAAUUUUAUUUAUGGCAUAUGGCUGCAGCCCUCUUUUUGUCUACCUAGUGCCUUAUGCUUUGAAUGUUGGAGUGAGUCAUCACCAGGCUGCCUUCCUCAUGUCCAUACUGGGUGUCAUAGACAUCAUUGGUAAUAUCACCUUUGGAUGGCUCACAGACAGAAGGUGCCUGAAGAAACAUAGGUACUUUUGCUACCUCUUUGCUGUGGGAAUGGAUGGCCUCUCUUGUCUUUUCCUGCCAGUUCUCCAAAGCUUCCCCUUGCUUGUGCCUUUCUCAUUUACCUUUGGCUACUUUGAUGGAGCCUAUGUAACACUGAUCCCUGUGGUGACAGCAGAUGUAGUGGGAACUCCUUUGUUAUCAUCAGCACUGGGGGUUGUGUAUUUUCUUCAUGCCAUACCAUAUCUAGUGAGCCCACCUGUGGCAGGUUGGCUUGUGGACACAACUGGCAGCUAUACUGCAUCAUUUCUCCUGUGUGGAUUUUCUAUGAUAUUUAGUUCAGCACUAUUGUGCUUUGCAAGACUAGCAAAGAAAAUCAAAAAAACACAUUUGCCAUCCUUCACUGGUAACACGGCCUUGAAACAGCACAUCUGGACAAAUGGAGCAAUAGCUUAUUCUGUCACAGCAGAAUUAGACCAAAGGGAUGUUGAAUUUUUGGCUGUGGAUACAAACAGCUUCAGCAACAGAUGAUCCUUGUCUUGGAGGGUGGAAAAUGUGCUGUGGUGGCUCUGCUUAUCUGAAGAGGAGUAAAUUUGUGCCAUGGGACCAGGCACGAUGACAGACAAAUGUGCUUUAACUGCAUUCCUUGGAAGAAGCCCAAAGGCAGCCCGAGAGACCAGAGAGGCUCCUGUGUUUUCAAACACAGAGCCUCUUCCUCGUGUAAAAUCAGCACCUAUUAGAGAGCUUUAGAAUUCAUGGAACCAGACGGCUGAGAAAUUGCCCACCCCACAGGCUGAUCGUGGAGAGGAUGCUGGCAGAAUUGUUUCUGUGUAUUGCAGUGCAAGUCUGUCUCUUUUCAGACACAGAAGCUGCUCUUCAGGUGGUGCCAAUUGCUCAUUUGUACCAUCUGAAGAGCUGUUAGGUCACUUUUCCUUGAUGGCCAGAACACAAGAGCUGUGACUUGCUGAUAGUUUCCUGCUGCUUGUGUGAGGAAUAUACUCCAGCUGGCUGCUUCACCGGAGCUAGGGAGUGAAUGUAGCUCUUGGGGUAACUUACUGAUGUGAUGGUCUAAUAAAUACUGUGAUUUUCUAUAUUUACAGAGUGAAAACAUUGUCAGCAAUGGAAAACUUCACAUUCUACAAUACAAAUAGUUUCAGUGUUUUAAUGCUGUAUCAAGCUGUAUUCUGUUCAUUAACAAAUUGAUCAGAGUCCAAGUAAUUUUCACUUACAUUGAACUAGUAGUUUCAUUAGUCUGCAGUGUAUUCAGUGGCUGCUCAUGGUGUCCUUUUCCACCCUGUGCCUUGGAAGAGAAAGCAACAUAGACUGAUGUUCAUCAAUUGGAUUUACACCAAGAGUACAGCCAUAGGAGUAUAAUGUAUUUAUAUGCACACACAUAUAUAUAUGAAUAGCAUGUGUAUCAAGUAGUUUUAUUAUCCAAGUGUAUUUCAAAUAUAACAAAAUAAUUUGUGUUUAAAUGAAGCCUUUCUCACUGUCCUGCUUCAGGAAUGUAGUCAGAGCCAGUAGGAUGAUCUAUGUGCACAGACCAUAGAAUAAGCAAGAGCAGUGCAAAAUCUUCUUAAAGCCAAUGACAUAACUUUUCUUCAGCUCAGCAUGAAAAUUGAGUCUUGGUCCCCAGUUUAGUUUUUAACAUAUAUUCGUAAAAAAAGCCAAAUAUUAUCUUAAUGUGUUAGGAAAGACAUGCAUAUUUUGAAAAAAAUUUAAUUUGUUUUAUUAAUUAGUACUGAUGAAAAUAACGGUUUAGAUCUUAAUACAAUAUUUUAAUAUUUUAAAAAGUAGAGAAUAGUGUGGUGAACCAAAAAUAUAAUUUUUUAACAAGUUUUAAAUUCCCACCGUAAAUAAAUUUACAAAAAUAUAAUUACUUUGUUUACCACAUCAUAACAUGUUACCUGUUGUUCAUGUCGGAACUGCAUAUUGUAAAAGCCUGUUGGAAUAAUGCUAUGUGCAUUUUUAUCAUAGUAAAUUACCCUGUGUAAUACAUUAUUAGCAUUUUUUAUUAUUUUAACAUUUUUGUUCAUAGGCUUUUCCCUUUAUGGUUUUUAAGCAGUACUUAGUGUUUUAAAUAUCUUAUUUAGCAGCAAACAUUCAACUGGUUUUAUCCACAGACCUUUUGUAGAAAAUGGUAAAAUUCUUUCAGGGCUUUCCAAUACUGUUUCUGCUCUGACUUAAGUCAAUGGAGAAAAGCUUAUAUACUGCAAUAAAGACUUCUGUGUAUAAAGCACACUGUGAAAUAUCAGCCCUGUCAUGAAUGCUCCCAAUAAGAAGCGGAAGGAGAGAAGCAUCGCAGGAGAUGAUCUGCAAGUGGAAGAAAUGGGAAUACAAUCCAGGCCGGUGAAGCCUCAGGACUAACUUCUAGCUCCUGCCCCACAGAACCCAGGCUGAACAGAUCACCUUCAUCCUGCCAUGUGAAAUAUUUCAGGCAAUGCAUUAUAGAAAUCUCUGGCUUACAAUGGUUUUAAAGAAUGAUUUAUGGUAUCGGCAAUAUUUUUUUUCAGAGAUCAUAAUAUUCAGGCUGUCCUCCAUGGAGGACAUUUCCUGGCAUGGCUUGGUAGGAAAAUAAGUCAAGAUACCCGAGCUAGCUGUGAACAAUUUGCCAGAUGAACACUGAAUGUUUGAGGAUUUAGAGGUCUUUUCCACCCUUAAUGAUCCUGUAAUUCUAUGUUCCCACCAGCCCCAAUGGACACAAGCAUUGAUGGAUAUGAGCUCGGCUGGAGCACUGCACUGCUGAGCCUGUCCAGCUUCCCAGGACAGCGUGGUGGGACUUGGCUUGGGGUAACAUCUGUCCAACACAGAUUCUGCCUCAGAUGGAUCCCACCUGGGAUUAUGCUCUGUUCUGUGCAGUGGAUAGAAGUUCAGUGUAAGUAAGUGAAACUGCUUACAGCUGCUGAAGUUAUCCCAUGUGUCUUCAUUCCAUGAGGUUUGAAAUGGGGAAAUAAUAAUUAUUUUGAAAUUAUUUAUAUUCUAGUGAUAAUCUGGAACAUUUGAUAAAUUGUGCCUUGGAAAGUUGUGUGAAAACAUCAUUGGAAAAGUCAAGCACCUUCUGCUGAAAAAUGACUCUUUUUUCAGAAGAAGUAUUCCUGAAACAUUCCUGUCAGCUUGGAUAAUAAUUUAUCUCCUGAAAGAUAAAGGCUGUGUUACUAUAUGAUUAAUAUAUUUUACAUUGCCACACAUUAUUGCUUUGUAAAGUGUUACAAAUUUAUGUGAGAAGGAAGAGCUUGUUUAACUUAAACUGUAACACUACUUCAUGGUCAGCAUAGCAAAUUGCUUAGUUUGCCUCAAUAAAUAAUACUGUCUUAGUGAUUAUUCUGGUAUACUUCAGUAAAAUGUUGUAUAUACUUUAGAAGGUGCUUGUGAGUCAUAAAUUGAUAUUUCCUGAA